AUGAAGACGGCGGAGCUGGUUUUCGUCCCAUCCCCCGGCGCCGGCCACCUCUUCGCAAUGCUGGAGCUCGCCAAGCAGCUCGUCAACCACGACAGCAGACUUUCCAUCACCGUAUGCAUCAUGAAACGACCCUACGAAUCCGUAGCUCCCGCCUUCACUUCCCACUCCCUGGCCCCUGAUUCCAAAAACUCCAACCAGAUCCGAUUCGUCGACCUCCCCGCCGUCGAAUCCGACCCGAACGCCACCCCGGGCCAGCUCCUCCUCUCCCACAUCGCCGCCCACAAAUCCCACAUCCGAGAAAUCGUUUCGGCCCUCACCCAAUCGGACUCGAGACUCGCCGGCCUCGUGCUCGACAUGUUCUGCACCUCAAUCGUCGACGUGGCCAACGAAUUCGGCGUUCCUUCCUACGUCUUCUACACCUGCGGCGCCACUUUCCUCGGGUUCAUGUUCCACCUCCAGAAUCUCUACGACCGGCGGGAAAUCGAUCCGAUUGCGCUGAGGGACUCCGACGCCGAGCUGGAGAUCCCGGGCCUGAUGAAUCCCCUCCCGGGGAAGAACCUUCCUUCCGACGCGGUGGAGGAAGAGUGGCUCAAAGUGCUGGUCGAAACCACCAGAAGGAUAAGAGAAGCCAGGGGUAUUAUUGUAAAUACGUACCUCGAGCUCGAAUCCUACGCCGUCGAUUGCUUAUCCAGCGGUGGAAAUCCUCCCGUUUACCCGGUCGGUCCGAUUCUGAAUCUGAAAGGGGAAGGUCACGAGACGAAGGGAAAGAACGAAAUCAUCGAGUGGCUGGACGCUCAGCCGCCGUCUUCGGUGGUUUUCCUCUGUUUUGGGAGCCUGGGAAGCUUCUGCGAGGAGCAAUUGAAAGAGAUCGCGGCGGCGCUGGAACGCAGCGGCGAGAGGUUCCUGUGGUCUGUCCGCCGAUCUCCAGAGAAAGCACCAGCAAUGGAGGUUCUAAACGGAAACGGCGCCGAUUCGUUCGGUGAUUUGCUGCCGGGAGGAUUUCUGGAGCGAACGGCGGGGAGAGGGAAGGUGAUCGGGUGGGCGCCGCAGACGGCGGUCCUGGCUCACCGGUCGGUGAGGGGAUUCGUGUCGCACUGCGGUUGGAACUCGACGCUGGAGAGCAUUUGGUUCGGGGUCCCGAUGGCGGCGUGGCCGAUUUACGCGGAGCAGCAGCUGAACGCGUUCAAAUUGGUGAAGGAGUUGGAGUUGGCGGAAGAGAUAAGGAUUGAUUACCGGAGGGACGGCGGGUUGAUCGUGACGGCGGAGGAGAUCGAGGGAGGGAUCCGGCGGUUGAUGGCGGCGGCGGAAACGGAUGGGAUGGGGAAGAAGGUGAAAGAGAUGAGCGAGAAGGGCAGAGAAGCGUUGACCGAAGGUGGGUCCUCUUACUCUUCUAUGGGCCGUUUGAUUGCGGAUUUAAUGGAUAAUAAGAUUAUGCCGUGA